UACACCGGGGACAAGGACAGCCGCGCCAUCAUCCGCGAGAACGAGUUCUCCUUCGACGACAACGCCAUGAAGGGCGGCAAGAAGGCCUUCAAGAUGAAGCGGGAGGCGCAGGUGAAGUUCCACGUGCUGCUGACCUCCUACGAGCUGAUCACCAUCGACCAGGCGGCGCUGGGCUCCAUCCGCUGGGCCUGCCUCGUGGUGGAUGAGGCCCACCGGCUGAAGAACAACCAGAGCAAGUUCUUUCGGGUGCUGAACGGGUACAAGAUCGAGCACAAGCUGCUGCUCACGGGCACCCCCCUGCAGAACAACCUGGAGGAGCUCUUCCACCUCCUCAACUUCCUCACGCCCGAGCGCUUCAACAACCUGGAGGGUUUCCUGGAGGAGUUUGCGGACAUCUCGAAGGAGGAUCAGAUCAAGAAGCUGCACGACCUGCUGGGCCCCCACAUGCUGCGGCGCCUCAAGGCCGACGUCUUCAAGAACAUGCCGGCCAAGACGGAGCUCAUCGUGCGCGUGGAGCUCAGCCCCAUGCAGAAGAAGUACUACAAAUACAUCCUGACCCGCAACUUCGAGGCGCUGAACUCGCGGGGCGGAGGGAAUCAGGUGUCACUGCUCAACAUCAUGAUGGACCUGAAGAAGUGCUGCAACCACCCCUACCUCUUCCCCGUGGCGGCCAUGGAGUCCCCGAAGCUGCCGAGCGGUGCGUACGAGGGGGGGGCUCUGAUCAAGGCCUCGGGGAAGCUGCUGCUGCUGCAGAAGAUGCUGCGGAAGCUGAAGGAGCAGAACCACCGCGUGCUCAUCUUCUCCCAGAUGACGAAGAUGCUGGACCUGCUGGAGGACUUCCUGGACUACGAGGGCUACAAAUACGAGCGCAUCGAUGGGGGCAUCACCGGAGCCCUGCGGCAGGAGGCCAUCGACCGCUUCAACGCGCCGGGGGCGCAGCAGUUCUGCUUCCUGCUGUCCACGCGGGCCGGGGGUCUCGGCAUCAACCUGGCGACCGCCGACACCGUCGUCAUCUUCGACUCCGAUUGGAACCCCCACAACGACAUCCAGGCCUUCAGCCGGGCGCACCGCAUCGGCCAGGCCAACAAAGUGAUGAUUUACCGCUUCGUCACGCGCGCCUCCGUGGAGGAACGCAUCACGCAGGUGGCCAAACGCAAGAUGAUGCUGACGCACCUGGUGGUGCGCCCGGGGCUGGGCUCCAAGGCCGGCUCCAUGUCCAAGCAGGAGCUGGACGACAUCCUCAAGUUCGGCACCGAGGAGCUCUUCAAGGAUGAGAACGAGGGGGAGAACAAAGAGGAGGACAGCAGCGUCAUCCACUACGACAACGACGCCAUCGCCCGGCUGCUGGACCGCAACCAGGACGCCACCGACGACGCCGACGUGCAGAACAUGAAUGAGUACCUGAGCUCCUUCAAGGUGGCCCAAUACGUCGUCAGGGAGGAGGACAAGAUCGAGGAGAUCGAGCGGGAGAUCAUCAAGCAGGAGGAGAACGUCGACCCCGACUACUGGGAGAAGCUGCUGCGGCACCACUACGAGCAGCAGCAGGAGGACCUGGCCCGCAACCUGGGCAAGGGGAAGCGCGUCCGCAAGCAGGUCAACUACAACGACGCGGCGCAGGAGGACCAAGAUAACCAGUCUGAGUACUCGGUGGGAUCUGAGGAGGAGGAUGAGGACUUCGAUGAGCGGCCGGAGGGCCGGCGCCAGUCCAAGCGUCAGCUCCGGAACGAGAAGGACAAACCGCUGCCCCCACUGCUGGCCCGGGUGGGGGGCAACAUCGAGGUGCUGGGCUUCAACACGCGGCAGCGGAAGGCGUUCCUCAACGCGGUGAUGCGGUGGGGAAUGCCCCCCCAGGACGCCUUCACCUCGCAGUGGUUGGUGCGCGAUCUGCGCGGGAAGAGCGAGAAGGAGUUCAAGGCCUACGUGUCCCUCUUCAUGCGCCACCUAUGCGAGCCGGGUGCCGACGGCUCCGAGACCUUUGCGGAUGGGGUCCCCCGCGAGGGGCUGUCGAGGCAGCAGGUGCUGACCCGCAUCGGCGUCAUGUCCCUGGUCAAGAAGAAGGUGCAGGAGUUCGAGCACAUCAAUGGGCGCUGGAGCCUCCCCGAGCUGGUCCCGGAGCUCAGCGCCGACUCCAAGCGCUCCUCCCGCGCCUCCUCCCCCGCCAAGACCUGCAGCACCGACCCCGAGCAGAGCCGGACCCCCACCCCGUGCACCUCCAAACCCGCCACCCCGGCGCCCAGCGAGCGUGGGGACGGGAUGGGGCCGCCCCCGGAUAGGGACGACGGUGACAACAGGGACGAGAAGGAGCCCAAAGGGCCCGAGAAGAUGGAGACUGAGGUGGGUGCUGUCCCCCCUCGCGUGCCCGUGGAGGUGCCCUUUGGGGUGGGGGUGACACCGCGUGGCUGUCCCCUCAGCCGCCCGCCCCCGAAGCCCCCCCAUCCCCGGGCAACGGCAGCGAGGCCGAAGGGCCGAGGAAGGGCGAGGAGGAGGAGGGACCAGGGGACAGGGAGCCCGAGGCCGAAGGGCCCCCCCCCCCGCGACGAGCACGACCGAGCAGGCACUGAGGUCGAUAAAACCCCCGGGGGGGAAAAGGGCGACGAGAAACCCCCCGAGGAGGAGCCCAAAGAGCGGCCGGGAGACCCCGACCCUAAAAGAGCAGAGGAGGUGAAGGCCGAGAAGGAGCCCAAAGCGGAGCCGCGCGCCAACGGCCGCCGCGACGACAGAGCCGAGAAGCCGCGCUUCAUGUUCAACAUCGCCGACGGCGGCUUCACGGAGCUGCACACGCUGUGGCAGAACGAGGAACGCGCCGCCGUCUCCUCGGGGAAACUCAAUGAGAUUUGGCACCGGCGCCACGACUACUGGCUGCUGGCCGGCAUCGUCCUCCACGGCUACGCCCGCUGGACGGACAUCCAAAACGACGGCGCCUUCGGGGUCAUCAAUGAGCCCUUUAAGGGCGAAGCGUCCAAAGGGAACUUCCUGGAGAUGAAGAACAAAUUCCUCGCACGCCGCUUCAAGCUGCUGGAGCAGGCCCUGGUGAUCGAGGAGCAGCUGCGGCGCGCCGCCUACCUGAACAUGACGCAGGACCCCAGCCACCCCGCCAUGGCCCUGAACACGCGCUUCGCCGAGGUCGAGUGCCUGGCCGAGAGCCACCAGCACUUGUCCAAGGAGUCGCUGGCGGGCAACAAGCCCGCGAACGCCGUCCUGCACAAGGUGCUGAACCAACUGGAGGAGCUGCUGAGCGACAUGAAGGCCGACGUCACCCGCCUGCCCGCCACGCUGUCCCGCAUCCCCCCCAUCGCCGCCCGCCUGCAGAUGUCGGAGCGCAGCAUCCUCAGCCGCCUGGCCAGCAAGGGGGCCGACAGCCACCCCCCGCCCACCUUCCCACCGGGGCCCUACGCCACCCCCCAGAGCUACGGGGGCACUUUUGGGACCCCCCCGGCCGGAGCCCUUCCCCCCGGGGGGGCCAAUUACAGCCAGAUGCCGCCCGGCUCCUUCAUCACUGGUGAGCGGUGGGGGGGGGGGCAAAGGAAUGGGGGGG